GGUGGCCUUUUCUUCAUCCUUAAAAGCUACAUUAAUUCCUUCAAGUACGUUCAUUCUUCCCUUCACCUCAGCAUAUUUCCAUGGAAGAUCUUACCUUAACUCAAGAAGAUGGGGUCUGGAGGUCAACCUCAAAUACGCCACCUAGUCACUAUGUGAUGAAAAUUCAGUUAUUUUCCCAACUCGCAAAGAAAAAAAUAGAGACGUACCAUUCAUCUGAUUUUGAGGCUGGAGGCUACAAAUGGAACUUGGUUGUUUACCCGAAUGGAAACAAAGACAAAGGUAUUACAGACCAUAUUUCCAUGUACGUGGCGAUGACACAAGUCGAGUCUCUCAAUCCUGGCUGGGAGAUUCAUGCAAAUUUUCGAUUGUUUUUGCGGGAUCAAAAUAAAAACAAUUAUUUUACACUCGAAGAUGUAGCAGGGAAACCCUUUCACAAAAUGCAACUCGAGUAUGGGUUCGACAAAUUUGUACCUCUCACCCACUUCAAUGAUCCUGCAAAGGGAUAUUUGGUAAAUGACAUUUGUGUGUUUGGAGCUGAGGUUUAUGUUACUCAAGAAAAACUCACUGGAAAAGGUGAGAUUUUAUCAAUGGUCAAAGAUGCCAUUAGCUACAAACACACUUGGAAAAUCGACUAUUUCUCCAAUUUAAUUGGCGAAUAUCAAGACUCUCAACCAUUCAAUGCUGCAGAUCAAACGUGGAAGAUACAGUUAUAUCCGAAGGGGAAAGGCAGUGGAAAGGACAACCAUAUAUCAUUAUAUCUGGCAUUGGCUGAACCCAAAAAACUCUCUCCCGCAACUAAGAUGCACACAAAUUUCACCAUACGUAUAUUAGACCAAAUUAAUAGAAUACAUUACUUUGGUACAGAUAAUUACUGGUUCAGUGCAUCAAAUAAUUUACGGGGUUGGCCAAGAUUUGUGUCUAUGAGUUAUUUUUAUAUGAAAUCGGCUGGUUUGCUGGUGAACAACAGCUGCAUUGUGGAAGCAGAGGUUACAGUCAAUGGCAUGGCUAAUGUACUUUGAGAAUGCAUUUCUACAUUGAAGUAAAGGAUAUUGCUUAAUAAAAUAUUUUCCUUUUGAUGAAAUAAAAAGGGAAAUUGGUAGUCAUACUGCAAUAGGUCUUCAAUAUAAUUGUUGUGUGACAUGCUGAUUUACCACUACGUUAUGUAAUAAAAAAAAUCUAAAUAAGAAAGGACAAGAUAUGGUUAUAACCCUA